CUGCCUCUAGAACCAAGGCUUGCACGUGCAGAACCUCUCAGCAGUUACACUGAUAUAUGCGAAAGAGGAGUCGAGGGCGGCUCCCCACACAUGGUUCUUGGCCCCACAACCCGUUGUAACGGAAACGGAGCCAGCCAAAAUGGGCGGAGGAGACUUGCGAGCGGCCUCCACUUGAGGACCCUCCUCUGAGGGCAACGAUCAUUUCAUCGUCCGUUUGCUCUCGGAGCGGUGACCAGCGCGGUCGGGGGACAUGGCGGCUGGCAUAGAGUCCUUGAAUCGGUGCCUAGAGCGCUAUCUCCCCGCCGAGCAACUUGGAGAAGUGAAGCGGAUCCUUUACGGGGAAAACGGCAGACCACUGGAUUUGCCUUCUGUUGCUACGUCAGCAGCCGCUGAAAGGAACUUUGAACUACUGGGCUAUGGAUUUGAAGCUGAACCAGAGCAAUUGAGGCAGCCACGUGUUGUCCGGGUGGGAUUGAUUCAGAAUAAAAUUCCACUUCCCACAGAUGCGCUGGUUGCUGAACAGGUCGCUGCCUUGCACAAGCGCAUAGAAGAGAUUGUGGAAGUGGCAGCGAUGUGCAAGGUGAAUGUAGUCUGUUUCCAGGAGGCCUGGACAAUGCCUUUUGCUUUCUGUACAAGAGAGAAGCUUCCUUGGACAGAGUUUGCUGAAUCAGCAGAAGAUGGCCCAACAACAAGGUUCUGCCAGAAGCUAGCCAAGAAGCACAAUAUGGUUGUGGUGUCUCCAAUCCUGGAAAGAGAUGAUGUGCAUGGAGGAACUCUGUGGAAUACCUCAGUGGUGAUUUCAAACUCUGGUGCUGUCCUUGGAAAAAGCAGAAAGAAUCACAUCCCACGGAUUGGAGAUUUUAAUGAGUCAACCUACUACAUGGAAGGGAACACAGGACAUCCAGUGUUCCAGACUCAGUUUGGGAAGAUUGCUGUCAAUAUUUGCUUUGGACGCCACCAUCCCCUCAACUGGCUCAUGUACAGUUUGAAUGGAGCAGAGAUCAUUUUUAAUCCUUCUGCAACUAUUGGAAAACUAAGUGAAUCUUUGUGGCCCAUUGAGGCGAGAAAUGCCGCCAUUGCUAACCACUGCUUCACCUGUGCCCUCAACCGAGUGGGAACGGAAUUUUUUCCACAUCCCUUUACAUCAGGAGACGGAGGGGAUGAGAGUGCUUAACCUGAGGUCAGCCCACUGAAGUUCUUGGCUGGGUCUCCCAGGUGGAUGCUUGGGACUACUCCACACUGGUUCUCUGAUAACCUGGAGACAGUGGUUCUGAAUUCAGCUGCUUGUAGAAAAGCAGUCCCAUGGUAGCACAGAAAGACACCUGGAUGGAAGCAACUUAGAUUUGUUUCACUUGAACAGGAGCCUCGCUUACCACUCAAUAUUGUGCUGCAAACUGCCAAGGAGUAUUUCAAAAACUGUCUAUGAUUUAGCUGUUCUGCUUAGCAAAGCCCCUUGUAUGAAUUGGAGCAGCUCUUUGAACCAUGGCCAUGAUCUAAACCUAAAAAUAAGUUUAAGCAGUUCUUUUGUCCUUUCAUCUUCAAAUCUGAAAAGGCCUCUAUUUUACUUGCUAGGAGUAUAGCUUUUCCAUGAAAUUUCCCACAAUUAUUUAUAUUUUAGAGAGAAAAAAUCAAGUAUGCUGAAAUAAUGUUUGUUGCUUUUGUGCAUCCGGACAGAGCUUCGUGCUAGAAGUAGUUACUUUGCUGUUGUUUACAGACUGCCAUCUGGAGAACUAAUUUAGGCAGAAGAGUGGGGGCCAGGUGGGGGGAGAGCUAUUUAACUCUUUUGUCUACUUUGUGCUUCCCUUUUAAUCUCACUGGGAGAAAUCUGCAUUUUUUUCAAUCUUGAAUGUAAUGGCAGGAAGCUGGGUAUAUGUAUGUGUAUGCAUAUACACCUUACUGAUAACAAAAUGUAUCUUGAAACCCUUUUAGAAGAGCCCGCAAGUAGCAUGUUCAAUUAUAUAAUUAUCUU